UUAUGGCAUGUGCAUAAUUUAGCUCAUUCCCAUAAUCUCUUUCGGAUAGCUUAUAAAGCAGUUUGACUUUAUUUUAUCUUUUGUUACUGAAAUAGUGUAUACAUAAGCCCUUAUGCAAUAAGCACUUGAUUUAACUGUUUAUCCAAACAUACCAAAUUAAGUUUUAGCCCAAUGAUAUAUAGUUCUUCUGCAUAAUCCUUGUGUCAGGGUAAAAGGGGAUCUGUAAUUGCAACCUAACUAGAUCAGGGGGGUGGGAUUAAUUUCUUGCUUACUAGGUGAGAAGAUAUGGUAUGGUGCUUGUGUUUUGGUGGAACCAAAUGAAAAACUAAGGUUUUUGCAAUAUAAUUUUUAUUGAUGCAACAAUUUCCUCCUUUUGUUAACUUUGCAUUGUAAAAAUGAGUGACAUUGAACAAUGCCAUUUAUUUUGGUUCCAAGUGUUUGUUUAGUAUAAGCAAAUCAUUUCAAGUAUUUGACAAUCAAAACCAGAACUACAACAGGAUAAAAACACAUCUAGAUCAGUUUUUAUGAUAUGAUGCUACCGAUACCAACUUAACUAGGUCGCUUACAACAAAUGAGAGGAUAAAACUAAUUGUCAAGAUAGAGAAGUCCCCUCGAAUAUAACAAAACUCGCUUUUAGUCCAUUCAAACAUUCAAAGUUGAAACAUCAUUUUAAAAGGGUUCUUGUCAAAUGUUCUCUAGCUGUUGCCCAUGCUUGAGUUCGUGUCUGGAAUGUCAAAACUUCACUGUCAAGUAAUGUCACAUGUUUACCCUAAAAUGUAACAGUCAAGUGCGGGAUAAUGAGUAAGAUAAUAACUAUUUAUAGUCCUAAAACAUAAAACAAGUUUGAGGAAUAAUUCUAGCAACUUCAUUUGGAAAGCCGAAAAGAAUGGAAAGUACUCGGUUCGAAGUGUGUAUAGACUUUGUGUUGAAGAGAUUAUUGACACGUCUUAUCUUCGUCGACCGGGUGAGUGGUCAGCCAUUUGGAAGUUAAAGGUCCCUCCGAAAGUGAAAAAUUUGGUAUGGCGUAUGUGUCGUGGGUGCCUUCCAACUCGAAUACGCUUGCAAGACAAAGGAGUCAAUUGUCCUACAAAUUGUGAGAGUUGCGAUUCUGCAAAUGAGGAUAUGGCAGACGUCAUGUUUGUAUGCCCUUUUGCGGUACAGGUUUGGCGCAGGAAAUUAAUGCUGCUGUCCUCACAGCAAACUCGGCAGCUGAUGUUGUUUUUCAGUUGCUGCGUAUGUUAUUGGUUGAACUCAAGCAGCAGCUUGCAACCGUGUUUUGGAGUCUUUGGAAACGCAGGAAUUUGCUGAUUUGGGAGAACAAGAACGAGUCAUGUGCAAUGGUAGUAGAUAGAGCACGUGUGCUGUUAGAAAGAAGAUUGGCAUUUUGCCAACAUAACAGGAAACUCAAAUGUAAUAUUGAUGCAAGUUUUUCCAUCUCCCAAAACAGAACUGGAAUUGGUUUGUGUAGAGACGGCGAAGGAAAUUUUGUGCUAGCUAAAACCAUGAAUUUUGCAGUGGUUCAUGCGGCUGACGUCAGAGAAGCCUUGGGUUUAUAUCAUGCGUUAGAGUGGCUAUGGGACAUGCAACUGGAUAAUAUUGACUUUGAAGUGGAUUCCAGAACAACACAGUUGGCAUUUUACGCGCGUAAAGAUGAUGUUUCUGAAUUCGGUAAUGUCAUUACAGCAUGUCGCGGCAUUUUAUCCACAAAGUUCACAAACUCUAGGGUGGAGUUUAUUCAGAGACAAGCAGAUGAGGUUGCUCAUGUUUUCGUAGGAGAGGCCACAUUAGUAGUUAGUCCCACCAUUUAUUAUCAUGUACCCCUCUGUAUUGACAAUCUUAUUUUUAAUGACAAGCUAUAAGCAUCUUUCCUUCAAAAAAUAAAAUAAAAUGAAUAUAGCGAAAGUUAUGAAU